UGGCCGCAAGGAAUGUCAAAACUCGGGCAAGUUCUCUUGAAAACGUGCGAUAUUUUCAUUGAAAACGACCAUUUAUAGCGAAAAUAAAACUAGUGACGUGAUCUAGUGUUUGUGUCUGUUUUUUACGUGUACGCCGUAAUAAUUGUCACAUGGUGGCAUACGAGAAAUUACAAUUGCACAUCCGAAUUUGAUGAACGAUGUGAGGGCGGGGGCAUGUGGGGCGCGCAGGCGGGCGUCUGGUGCGGCGCGCUGGCGGCCGCGCUGCUAGUGCUGCUCGCGCUCUGCCGGCGCGCUAGCGGCAAGCGGCAGCCGGCCGGCGCCGCGCCGCAGGUCACACAGGUGCACAUAGUGUGCGGCGGUGUGACGCGCGUGCCGCGCGCCCGCGCCGCUCCCCCCGCCCCGCCCCCCACACACACACACCCCGCACACACACACCCCGACACUGUCCAGUCGAUACACCCGCGACCCCCGCAAAUCGUCAUCGUACAAAACUUUAUCCAAAACACACACGUGCCUCAGCCGUCUGAUCCACAGCCCUCUAGCUCCAAAACACCGCCGGUACCUAGGCACCCGGCGCCCGAGUUCCGAGGAAUACCGAAACUACCUCUGCCUGAACAGUGGAUACACAAACGACCGUUUGAUUAUAAAUACGCGGCUAUUCCACGGCCCCUAGCACAGAUUGUUAACACCGAUCUAGGUGCUGAUCUGUCACGUGAAUCCCGAGCUAAGAAAUACAGCGCUACCAGAUCCCCGUCGCUUGAAAAAGACGAAAAAUCACCCUUCAUUACAAGCGCGAAGUCAGAUAAAGUUGACGUUUUCGGUUUCGGUCCCGACGCACUUAAAAAGCUGUGUGAGAAAGGCGAAGAUUUGAAGGAGAUGGGGGAACGACCGCCGAGCUCCCCGCGUGAUGUCGACAAGGAUAUUUCACCUGGAAACCUAAGAAGAUUUAGAUCUGUGAGCACUAGGCUUAAUAUGUGCAGUGUCACUGAAACACCAGCGUUGGAAGGUCACCAAGAGAGGCUAGAGAUGCAAAAUUCGCCUCGCAUCGUUGAAUGCAGUUCAGCAAAAGAAAAGUCAUCUGCAACAAAAUUCGAUUUUUCCCCAAAACUUUUAGCUGAGAAUAUAAGUUCCCCUAGAUUUUAUACACCUCCCGAAAUGGUGUCGCCGAUGUUCUUUGCGGAACCCUCGCCUAAAUCUGUGUACUAUGACACCGUUAGGUCACCUAAAUUCUUCCCGGAAACUCCUAGAGAAACUGAAGUUCCUCAAUCACCAAGGUUGUUAAAUGAUAAUUUACAUCGUGCAAAUGGCUUACCCGAAAAACCUAAUUCUCCCAAAAUUCUUAGUGCUCGACCUAGCCCUAGAGUGCAUAGUUAUAAUAAGGAAAACUAUUUCACCUUUGAAAAUGUGGCCGCCGUAGAAGAGAGCGCUCCUAGAAUCUCGCCACGACCCAAACGAUAUGGUGGAAGGAAUUCGAUUGAAAGAGAAAGGUUUACGCCACCAGCUGAUAAAGAAAUUAAAAAAUACAGAAGGCAUAACAGUUGCGACACUAACUAUAAAAACGUAGAAGUUAACAUUCAUAAGUGUGAUGAUGUAACGAAGACUGAAUCCGCCAAUAAGGUUACGGUUAUAGAGAAAGAUGUGGUCGAUUGCUGUGCCAAAAUAGAUUCUCUGGGUAUUGAACCGAAGGGUGAUUUUGAAAAACGCGAAUUAACUCCGAACGCCAACACGGCGCAUGCUAGACGACAAAGACUAAAAUCGAUCUCGUUAGAUUCAGAUAAUGCGAAAAUAAUCGAACAAAACCUCGGUUUACCUAUUGCUAAACAGAUGAAGGAUCAAAUGAACGAAGCGUACAAGAAUCAAGAAAUAAGUACAUCCUGUGAAGAUGUGGAACGAUUUCCUAAAACGCCAAGUGCUGAAAAACCAGGCUUUAAAUUCGAUGUGGAUCAGAAAGUUGAAUUAGAAUCCGAAGAGCCAAAAUCGCCUGAUCUUGUACAAAAGAAAUGUUUACGACAAAGUUCCGACACUCAAUCGUUUUUAGAUAUGCCUAGAUUUUCGCCAAAGGAAUUUGAGAUAACUGUUACAUCUGAUGAUGGGGCUACGACGUCUGCUGAAGCAGAUUUAAAACGAAAACGAAAGAACUUGAGGAAUCUUACAAUAGAUUUAACCAAACGAGACAGUGAUCUGGAGAAGGAACUGUUGGAAUUCGAAAGGCUAUAUUCUCACGCAAAUGAGAACAAAGUUAGAACGCCUACAUUAAAAAUAAAAGCGACAUCAUUAGAUUCAUCAGAAGCAGACGCGUGUUCUGUAUUACCAAAGAAAUCAUUAGAAGUACCACAGAAUUCAAUAUCAGUUCCUAAUACGCCGAAGCGACAGUUAAAACGAAUAUUAGCUCAGAAGAAUAUAAAACAUGAUACAACUGGUGGUAAAUUCGGUUACAACUCUAUACAAAGUAAUGCAGAACAGCGUCGCCUAUUAAUGAAAGGACAAGACAGUGGGAUAUUUUUACGCGAAAAUCACGCUAGUUUAAUGCUAUAUCAGCCAAGUACGUCACGCAUGGGACGCACCAUGGGUUCAUUCGAUGAGAACAUGGUAGAUGGUACACCAGAAAUAAGCCUAGCUGGCGCUGACAAACCUGGCUAUCAUUUAGACACUGGACAAACGUUAGGUUCGAAUUUAUUAAACUAUAAGCAAAAUUUAAGUGUGUCCAGUACGAAUUUGAAAACGCUUCCGGAGGGAGUACCUAGUGAUGAUUUUGAGCCCAGUGCGGAAGACGAGAAAUUAGCAAAGAAAUUACACAGACGAAAUUCCAAUCAAAGUCUAAUGCUAAGUACGCACAGUUUGCAAGGAUCUAAUUGUUCGCUAAGCAGUACAGGAACUUCGUGUCAUAACUUAACAACCGUUAGGACGAGUAUUUCAAAUUUUAGCCUUAAUUCUGAUGGAAGGCAAAAGAGAUUAUCUUUAGAAAGACGUGACUCAAACGCGUCUAUGGUUCCCAUGGAGCAUAUAACACCUACAACACGAGUUAUAUGUUCAUCAAACACCAAUCUAUCAGGAGAAGUAUCAAAGAAUUGUCUAUUACAACGGCGUGGCUCGAACAAUAGUCUUACAUUGAACAUACUAUCAAACAAUCUCAGUCGACAUUCAAGCAACAGUUCCCUGAAUAAAGAAGCCAAAGUUGGUCAAAAGAAAGGUCUUUUGGAACGUAGAAGUUCGAACACUUCGCUAACUUUAAACAUAAAUACAUCUAACCCCCAGUUAUCGACCAAUCGUGGUCUGAGUAUAUCCAAUUAUAAUUUGAAUGGCUCGUCGUGUAAUUUAAGUAGAUAUAACAGCAAUCAUAGCAUAGAUAACCCGGAACCUCGCAAAGGUAUACUAGAAAGACGAAGUUCAAAUACCUCUCUAACGCUAAAUAUUCAACCGCAAGAGCCCAGAGAUUUGGAAAUCGAUGAAACAAUGAUCGAAACAAAUCUUAAAGACUUACCACAUAGAGAUAAACACAGGAAGUCGUUAAGCACGGAGAAUUUAAUCCCGAAAUCGUAUAAAAACAGAAAGGGGUUGCGUACUUCAGAAAAAUGUAUGGGUUUUGGUUCGCACGACAAUUUAUGGUCAACGUCAUAUGAUCCAGACUAUCCGCAAAAUUUAACCUAUGUGUGCGGUGAUCAGGAGAAUGAAAUAAUAUACGCGUUCGGACGGCAAGAAGACCCAAAUUUCCAAGCUGGUUUUGUUAGAAAUAUAACGACGAAACCGCUAAGUCCGCAAAGCACAUCAGAAGAUUUCAGGCUUUAUUUAGCCAAUAUGCAGCACUUGCAAAAUGCGUCAAGCGUGCUCAGUCGUCAGCAACUGAAGGAUUUGAACGAUGUUUUCCAGAACGGCUAUUCAAAAGUGAAGUGUCUUAGUUCGAACGAAGGCCAACACUGUUGUAGUGGCCGUGUCGGCGAAGACAUGUCCAAAGAAAACCCCCAAAUGGUGAUACCGGAGUUGUCUCAACCGUGCUCUGAGUACCAGAAAAUGUUGUUGAGGAACUUGCACCAGGAAUUUUGGGAUAUGCCCACGAAUUUUCAGGAGAAACCAAUAGUGUCUGGGUCGCAUCCAAAGAAUAGAUAUAAGACGAUAUUGCCGAACGAACACUCUAGGUUCAUUUUGCGAGCGGAGACUGGGUGCAGUGAGGGAUAUAUUAAUGCCAAUUUUAUUAAGGGGCACGAAUACACAAAGAACAGUUACAUCGCAACUCAAGGUCCACUUCAGAACACAAUGUACGACUUCUGGCUGAUGGUACGACAGAAUAACACAGAUUUCUUACUUCAAAAACCACAAGAUUCCAUACCUGUCGUACAAAAAAUAAUCAUGCUGACAAACUUCGUGGAAAACAACAGGCAGAAAUGCGAAAAAUACUUCCCUCUGGAAGUGAAUGAGGAAAUUGUCAUCGAAAAUUCAGAGAUCCCAGAUGUUGGAGAUGAAAAGUCAGCAAACAGCUUCAGAAUAAAGAACCUUGGCUUGAUAAAAAAGUCCGGCUACACGAUACGCAAGCUUGACGUGCGAUUUGUGAAAGGAAAGACUAGUGAAAGUGCCGAAAGCAGUGAAACAAAUGAACCAAGUGAUAUCGGUGAAAAAAGUGAUAGUGUAACAGUGUACCAUUAUUGGUUCCACAACUGGGCCGACCAUAAGUGUCCCAAAGAUGUCAACGCGCUAUUAAAUCUAAGUUUGGACGUUUUGACGGAUGACUUCUACGAUUUUGCCACCAGUUGCGAUGAGAGUGAUGAUAAUAAGUGCAAAUGUGGGGAGAGCCCAAAACCCGACUCUAAAUUCGUGUUCCCUCCUCUCCAAUCUCUAUCCCCAUGUCCUAUUAAAAUAAAUGUUUCCACUCCCUUGAAUUUUUCUUCCGAAAACCUAUCCCCUCCUACUAUAGUACAUUGCUCCGCUGGCAUCGGCAGAACGGGGUGUCUUAUAGCUAUACUAAAUGGCAUUAAACAACUGACGAAUGAACAAAAAGUUGAUGUUUUAGGCAUAGUUUGUAACAUGCGGUUAAAUAGAGGGGGUAUGGUUCAAAAUUCAGAACAAUAUGAGCUUAUUCACAAAGUUUUAUGUUUGUUUGAGCAGGCCUGCUUGCCGGAAUUAUAGCUAUGAGCGGGUUUUGCUGUUUGUAAUAAUAUGAUAAAGGAAAUUUUCGAUGUGCAUACAUUGAUAGACUAGUUACUAUAUUUAAACUUUAAUAACUGGAAUAUUGUUUGCGUUGCUAAUCUGUUACCUUCCGAAAAUCGUGUAAACUCUUAAGGUGCUCUUUCACCAGAGUUGUGCGAGGACGAAUAGCGAUGAAUGUGUUUGCAAACAACCAAUCAUAUCGCUUCAUUUAGUUUGAAGUUUGAAGCGAUAUGAUUGGU